AUGGAAAAAAUUUUGGCAUCAUCUGAGUAUGCGCAGUUCAAAGAAGAAUUCAAAAAGGAAGUCGUGAAGAAAUGUGUUGUCAAAAGAGUUAUAGAGGAUUUGGCAAAUUAUAUACGAGCAGUGGAUAAGUCUGUUGUGGAAUUCCAUACUCAAAAAAUGGAAGAAAUCAACGAGGUGUUGAGUUCUUUGUGGGAACAAGUAUAUCAUGGCAAUGAUAUCGAAGCUAUACAGAUUAAAUCUGAAAGCGCUGGCGAAAAUGAAAAAAAGAAAUCAUAUAAUUAUCGCGUAGUGAUGUAUGUUGGUGGCACUGAAAUUGAUAUGCCAGGGCGAUGUAGUGCUGGCCAGAAGAUGCUCGCAUCGAUAUUGAUACGAAUUGCAUUGUCAGACGUUUUCUGUGAUAAAUGCUCGAUAAUUGCGCUUGAUGAACCGACUGCAAAUCUGGAUGUAUUGAAAAAUUUGGGUGAUAUGUUGGCAGAUAUUAUUUCGGCGCGAUGCGCAAACAAUGCUAGAAUGUUCCAACUUAUUGUUAUAACUCAUGACAACCGUUUUGUGGAACACCUUCGACAGUUGUGUCGACCGGAAUGGGUUUACUCAGUAUCAAAAGAUGAUACAGGUUUGUCACGAGUGAAACGCCACCGGAAUCUAGAAGAUGCAACCAUGCGUGAAGGAUAA